AUGAAGAAAAUAAUUUAUCUUUAUUAGAUAAUUCUGAAAUUCAAGAAAUUUCAAAAAAUAAUCUUUUAGAAGAUGAAACUUUAACUGAAGAAAAAUUUCUAAAUUUAAAAUAUUAUAUUAUAAAACAAAAGAUAUUUUAA